AUGAGUAGCGAGGCUUUUUAUACCGAUGCGUUAGGCAGAAGCGGGAGACGUAAUAGAAACUGGUAUAGUGAAAAUCUGUUAAAUGUUCUUGAAGCUGCCAAAGAGAAACAAGCUCGGGAAAUAGACGCUUCAAUAGCCCUAGCUAAAGAUCUUUUACAGAUAUUAAAUAGUCCUCGAAAGAAACCUGAGCUCGUGCCUCCGCACGAUUUAGUUCCGUCGGAAGCUAAUUGUCUUAUGAAACCUAUUGAACCAGAAGUUCUAGAUUUGCUUUAUGGAAGUACUGAGAAAGGGGCCACAUUUAAAUAUCUAAAUGCGAGAAAUAAGAAAUCUCCAGAGGAAAAAUUCAACUAUCGUGUAACCACAAACUUGGAGUACGGCUGGCAGCACAAGCAAUCGCGUGUGCCGCCCCGCGAUUUUAACAGAGGACGAUGCGCCAUUCUGCGCGACACUUUCUACCGUAAGAAUAACCUAGCGCCCGACCCGCCGCACUACGCUCAACCGGCCGGCGGAGAGUUCUCAAUAUGCAGCGUGUAUUCAUGUAACUUU